CCCCCCCCCCCUCUCUCCUCUCUCUCUCUCUCUUCAUCAUCUUCUUCUUCAACACUUUUUUUCAGAUUUUUCUUCGAAACCCACCUCAAACUCAAAAUACCCAGUAAAGAAUUCCAUACAAAAAGGGUAAAUGAUGAGAGUUUUCAUUAGUUUUCUCCUCUGUUUACUCUCUGUAACUUGUGCAGCCACUCCAAUCACCAACCCCAUUUGCCCAUUGGACCUUAACUAUGUCCUUAGAAUCCCAUGGACCGCCACCGAUUGCCGGAACCCCUUCUUCCAGACCACUGCCAAAUCUGCCAUGAAUGAUACCUCCAAGUUCCAUUGUUGUCAAACCCUCUUGUCCUUGUUUGGAAUCGCUUUGGCCCAACACCUCAAACAAACCUCUCAUUUCAACCUCCCAGACCUCGCAACCUCCAAUUCUUGCCUUCUUGAUUACCAGUCCAAACUCUCCUCUCUCUCCCUUCCUGCCAACCUUGUUUCCCAUUGCUUUGAUCCCUUACAAUUUGUGAUAUCAGCUAAUGUCUGUGCUGGUAUUCAAACCACGCGAGAUUGGGUUUCAAAACUUGGCCAGAACUCGCCUCUUGAUUCUGGGUGUCGGUCGAAUCUUGUUGGUUCUGGUUGUGAUGCUUGUGUGGCUGCUGGUUUCAAAGUUCAAGCUAUUUUGACAGGAAUUGAUGGUAAUAAAUCUCAUUCCAUGGAUUGCUUUUACUUUGCCGUUCUUUAUGCUGCUGCCAUUGUGAAUGAAUCUGGCCCUGAAGGCGACAGUGCUUUAGAUUGCAUUUUUAAUCUUCAAUUGAGUACUCAAAAGGGUUCAAAAAGUAAGCAUUCUUCUCUAGUUUAUGGCCUUACUGCUGCUGCUGUAGGACUUUUAGUCGUUUUUGUUCUAUUGGGAAUAGGAUUUUGGUUGUACAAAAGCAAACAAUUGGCUAAGAAGUCUAGCUUGGAGCUGGAUGAACAAGGGUCUAGACCACAUGCCAGGCCAAACACUGGAUCAAUUUGGUUCAAAGUUCAUGAGCUUGAGAAGGCAACUGAUAACUUUUCUUCAAAGAAUUUCAUUGGCAGAGGUGGGUUUGGUUUAGUUUACAAAGGGAGAUUACCUGAUGGAAGCAUGGUGGCUGUAAAGAAAGUAAUUGAAUCAGAUUUUCAAGGCAAUGCAGAGUUCUGCAAUGAAGUUGAAAUUAUCAGUAAUCUAAAGCACAGGAAUCUUGUUCCACUUAGGGGCUGCUGCGUGGUUGAUGAGGGUUUUGAUGAGAGUUCAAGUGAGAGAUACCUUGUUUAUGAUUACAUGCCAAAUGGAAAUCUUGAUGAUUAUUUGUUCCCUAUACCAUUUGAUCAAGAUGGAACUGUGAAGAACUCAUUGACAUGGCCUCAAAGGAAGAACAUUAUCUUGGAUGUGGCAAAAGGCUUAGCUUAUCUGCACUAUGGAGUGAAGCCUGCAAUAUAUCACAGAGAUAUCAAGGCGACAAACAUAUUGUUAGAUGCAGAUAUGAGAGCGAAAGUUGCAGAUUUCGGGCUUGCCAAACAGAGUAGGGAAGGACAGUCACAUCUAACGACUCGAGUUGCAGGAACUCACGGGUAUUUAGCUCCAGAAUACGCGCUUUAUGGACAACUAACUGAGAAGAGCGAUGUUUAUAGCUUUGGCGUGGUAGUUUUGGAGAUAAUGUGUGGGAGAAAAGCUCUUGAUUUUUCUUUGGCGUCGUCGCCACGUGCGUUCUUGAUAACAGAUUGGGCUUGGUCGUUGGUGAAAGGUGGAAAGAUAGGGGAAACUUUAGAUCCUUGUCUUGUGAAAGAUGGAGAUUGUUCUAAUUCAAAUCCAAAAGGCAUAAUGGAGAGAUUUGUUGCGGUUGGAAUUUUGUGUUCUCAUGUGAUGGUGGCUUUGAGGCCUACCAUUAUGGAUGCUCUGAAAAUGUUGGAAGGUGACAGUGAAGUUCCUCAAAUUUCUGAUCGGCCAGUGCCUUAUGGGCAUCCUUCAUUUGUUGGUGAUGGCAGCAACUUCAGCAUAUCACGACAUUAAGCAGACCUCAAAUUCCGUGAGAUCUCACAUCGGUUGGGGGAGGGGACGAAGCAUUCCUCGUAAGAGUGUGGAAACCUCUCCCUAGUAGAUGCGUUUUAAAACCGUGAGACUGACGACAAUACGUAACAGGCCGAAACGGACAAAAUAUCUACUAGUGGUGGGCUUGGGGCUAUUACAAAAGGCAUCAGAGCUAGACACUGGGCGGUGUGCUGUGAGGAUGCUAGCACCCAAGGGGAUAGAUUGUGAGAACCUACAUCUGUUAGGGAGGGGAACGAAGCAUUGUUUAUAAGGGUGUGGAAACAUCUCCCUAGUAGGCGCGUUUUAAAAUUGUGAGGCUAACGAGCAAUACGUAACGGACAAUAUCUGCUAGCGGUGGGCUUGAGGUUGUUACAAAUGGUAUCAGAGCCAGACACCGAGUUAAGUGUGAGGACACCAGCCCUCAAGGAAAGUGGAUUACGAGAUCUCACAUCGGUUGGAGAAGGGAACAGAACAUUGUUUAUAAAGGUGUGGAAACCUCUCCCUAAUAGAUGCAUUUGUGAGGCUGACACUGAUACGUAAUGGGCCGAAACGAACAACAUCUACUAACGGUGGGUUUGAAGCUGUUACAACUGUGUUGGAGUUUGAAGCUGUUACAACUGUGUUGGAGAUGUAUCAGACAGGCUUGUUGUAGUUUCUUCUAAACAGGGAACUGAAUAUCCAUAGAUAUGUCAGAUGCAUUCUUAGUUUCUCCGAGAAGAAGUUUGGUUUCAAGUUAGCCAUGCUCCUGAUGGUUCUCAAGUCCAAGCUGUUGGAUUUCUUUUCUUUGAACAUAACAGGAACUCCAAAGACCUGCCUAUUCGAAGCACUGAUUGCUUUAAAGUUGAAAAACAACAGUAAAGUCUUGUUGCAAAUGCUUUUUAAGCAUUAUUUUGCAACAAUUGGAGGUGUGGACCAUAAUGGACGACCUCUUUCAAGAAGAGAAGACUUGAAAAGAUCAACUUUCAAACAUUAUUUUGAGCUGUUCUCUGUCCUGAUAGACUACAUGAUUGUCAUUAAUCUCAUCAUUUAGUGCACCAACAAAAGAUGAUGCCACACCAACCAACCAAACCAAAAAGCAUUUUAUGACCUUCAAACGUUCUCUCAAGGACCGUUUGGUUUAAGGUUUUCCUCGAUAUCCAUGAGUACAAGAUUGUUGGAAUCAAAUAGCUGUGGCUGGUUCUACACGAAAA